UUGAAGGCGAAAGGAACUGAUUUUGAGCUGACCAGCAUCAUAGUGGAAGAGUGGAAGUUGGAAUUUAUUGGGCGGAAACGACAAGCCGCUAUAGUGCUAGUCCACACAACCAAGCGUUAAGAACAAAGGAUAGAAAGAAGAAAUAAGACAUCGAAAUCCGGGCGAACCAGAGCAACCUCUGCUCUUCUGCUCUCCUUUAUCCACCCAUCACUGCCUGACAACAUUCAACAAACACCAACACCACCACCCUUUCCAGAGUUGCAGGGUUGGUGGGUCAGGAAGCAUUGAAGGAGGAUAGUAUAGGCUAAGCUUUAACUCACUUACUUUUCAAAAGGGUAGCGAUGCAGACCCCAAAAUCAAGGAAUUCCUUCUCAGAACCACCUCAAAAGGUUUCUCCACGAGUUGCUCGGAAACUUCGUCCCGCUUCUCCGGAAUGUGAUUCUGCUUCCUCAACCCGAACAAACAAUCGAACCAUUAAAGAACGAAGCCCGAAAGUCGUCGAUCGAAAGUCGCCUAGAAGCCCUGCAAGCGAGAAAAAACGUCCAAGCAAGAUUUCCGAGUUGGAAUCUCAGGUUUCUCAGCUGCAAGAGAAUCUAACCAAAGUGAAGGACCAGUUAUGUUUAUCUGAAUCAUGCAAGAAGGAAGUCAAGCAAGAGGCCGAGGAGGCCAAGAAUCAACUAGAAGCCAUGGCCUUAAAGCUUCAAGAGUCACAAGAACAAGUACUUGAGCUAUCUACUUCCAACGAAGCUCAUGUCAUAGAACUACAAGAGAUAUCACUCGAACGAGAUCGAGCUUGGCAAUCCGAGCUUGAGACGAUUCAAGAACAGCAGAAACUCGACUACGCUGCGUUGGCUACUGCAGUGAAUGAGAUUCAUCAGCAGAAGAUCCACCUUGAGAUGGUAGCUCAAUCCAAAACAAAAAAGAUCAAACUUACGGACUCCGAAAAUAACGAACUUGAUAGCUUGAGAAUUCACCUUGCAGAUGCUCUUUGUGUUGUGGAAAGAAUGAAAAACGAGCUUGAAAGUUGUCGAGAAUCCGAAGCUCAAGCUCGGUUACUUGCUAAUGAAACUCUAGCACAACUAGAAGACGCCAAAAAACGAGUCGAGGAGCUUAGAUACGACGGUAUGGAAGCAAUGAAGGGAUACCAUUCCAUUGCUUCAGAGCUGGAUGAAUCAAAGGCACGGAUUAGCGUGUUAGAAGAACUCGUUAGUAAACUCAAAACCGACGUUGCGAAUCCAGCAGUCGAAAACGAGAAAAAGGGAGAUCAUAUUGAUGAACAUUGUUGUCUCAAAUCAGAGAUAGAACAGCUGAAAUCUGCCUUGGAAAUGGCUGAGACAAAAUACCAUGAAGAACAAAUUCAGAAUGCAGUCAAGAUAAGAACAGCUUAUGAACAAGUUGAGCAGAUUAAAACCAACAUGAAUUCUAGGGAGUCUAAUCUAGAGCAGGAGCUGAAAAAAUCAAAGGUCGAUAUUGAUGAGUUAAAGGCCGACUUGAUGGAUAAGGAGACCGAAUUGCAGGCUAUCUCGGAGGAGAACGAGCAGCUGCACGCGAAAAUUCAAAAGAAUCUAUCGAGCCAGAGAGAAUAUGAACUUGAAAGAGAGAUUAAGGAAUUGAAGGAUCAUCUUGCAGUGAUGAAGUCCAAUCUCAUUGACAAGGAUAGACAAUUCCGAAGCAUUUUAGACGAGAACGAUACGCUAAAAUUCGAUAUAAACAAAAGGAUAAUGAUUCGAGCGAAAGCAAGCGAUGGGACUACAGAAGUUGAUAAUGCAACGACUGUCGAACAAGAGGCUCUCACAAGACUUGGCGUUAUGAUGGAGGAGACAGAAAAAAGUAACAAGAGGGCGGCUCGAGUGUCCGAACAGUUGGAGGCUGCACAGGCUGCAAAUGUCGAAAUGGAAACGGAGUUGAGACGGUUGAGGGUGCAGUCAGACCAAUGGAGGAAGGCUGCAGAGGCUGCAGCCGCGAUGCUCUCUGCUGGAAACAAUGGCAAGUUCAUGGACCAAUCGGCGUCGUUGGACAGCAGCUACAACUCGGAUGCUGCAGGAAAAAUGAACAGGAGUUGUGCUGAAAUAGAUGAUGAUUUGCUGAAAAAGAAACAUGGGAAUGUGCUAAAAAAGAUAGGGGUGCUGUGGAAGAAACAACACAAAUGAAAGGGUCAAGGCCAGGGCCAGGGCUUGGCAUGUCUAACUCUGCUUGUGGGGCAGUUUAUUUUGUUUUGCAACUCUUGUACUGUUGAUCUUGAUAUCAUAUGAAGCUCAAGAACACCACCCUAUUCAAAUUUCGGCAACAAUUUAAAGUGACUGCCAAUUUAGCUCGAGCUUAGUUUAACACAAUCUUGAACCGA